AGUCAGUCGGUCGGUGCUGUUCGGAGGGGUACGGUGUGUCGACGGGCGCUCGAGUUGCACGCGCGUGAGACGGACUGGAGCGAGGAGAGACGCACUGAGCCGCCAUGACGGCCACCAGCGAUCUGGGUGGCGAGUACGUGGGCCAGCUGAGAGCCGAGAUCGACUCGCUGGCGGGCACCGGACAGUUCCCGCACGCGCAGCGACUGCUUUAUCAAGAGAUCGAGCGAUUCCAAACGGGCCGCGUCUGGCGCGAUGACAGGAAAAUGGUCGACGUCACCAAGGAGAAGUCGCUGCGCAUCAGCAGCCGUGUGCUCGUCCCCGUCAAGGAGCACCCCAAGUUCAACUUUGUGGGGAAGCUGCUCGGCCCCAAGGGCAACUCGCUGAAACGGCUGCAGGAAGAGACGAUGACCAAGAUGGCCAUUCUCGGGCGAGGAUCCAUGCGAGACAAACAAAAGGAGGAGGAGCUGAGGGCCGCUGGUGACCCAAAGUUCUCACAUCUCUCCGAGGACCUUCACGUGGAGGUGACGGCCUUCGCGCCGCCCGCAGAGGCCUACGCACGCAUGGCCUACGCUCUGACAGAGGUCCGCCGCUUCCUCGUGCCGGACUAUAACGACGAGAUCCGGCAGGAACAGAUGCGCGAGAUGCAGCUCAUCAAUGAGAGCGGCAGCGGCGGCGUGGUGGGGGGCGGCGGGGGCGGCGGGGGCGGGGGCGGCGACCCGGAGGGGGGCAGCACCAGCAGCGGCAGCCCCCCUCUGCCGGUGACGGCGCGCCCCCCUCCGGCCAACCUGGUGCUGCCCGUGACCGGCCUGCUGCCGCACCCGGCGCUCCGCGGCCUGACACCGCGCUCACAUAACGGACUCACGCCCUCAGUGGAGCAGGGACCAGCCAUGAGCCGGCUGCGGAGCGCCGGCCUCCUCCCCCUGCCGGCCGCUCCACAGACGGCUGACCUCACCAAACAGCUGACCUCACUCGGCGGUGACGUCACAGACGAGGCCGCCGCGCAUGCGCAGCACCAGUUCCUCGAGCUCUGCAACAGCAUGAACGGCAUGAACGGCAUGAGCGGCUACGAUCUGUCGGGACUCGGUCUUCUGGACAUCACGCGCAUCACCACCCUUCCCGUGAGCCAGUUCGCUGACUUCUACGCCGCAGCGCCCAACCCGGAGCCAGACGCUUCCCUCUGCCGGCCCGGUGACCUCUCUCUAAAGAUGGCCGCACACCACAACAAGCUGCACGUGCGCCAUGACCCGUAUGGACGCUUGCUGAUGAAAACUUCCUAAGCGCCAGAGCCACCCCUGCACCGAUCUGGCCAGAAAACAUCAGUGUCCGUCUGUGACCCGAGAGUCACAACUUACGUGUCGCGCCGCGAUCGAAAAGUGUUACAUACGUGACGCAAAUGGACAAAAGUGUCACCUUUGGCAGGCGACUUGAUCACUUGCUUAGACUGUGGAAAUACUAUGUGAAUAUGUGAGCGGGCUGAGCGAGCCCAGUGAACGCGCACAGUGUGAAAAUGUUGUGGACGCUGUGUGGACUCGGUGUGGACAUUUACAAACGCUGUGGACAGCGCUGGAAUUUGUGGACGCGACGCCACGGCCGGUCACAGUCGCGUGCUGGAGCCCGGGAGAACGGAUGGUUGUAGUUGUUGUUUUGUACCUGUGAUAAGCAGUGUAGCAGCUCUGUCCAAAAUCGAUGAAUAAACCGGCACGUAGAGGUAGACUCACCAGACA